UGAAUAUGACUACAGUGUGUCCAUGAAGAGCCGGCAGCAUGUCCACUGAGCAGGACUAUGACUGUGUGGUGAUCGGGGCAGGAGUCCAGGGCUCCUUCACGGCCUACCAGCUGGCUAAACACAACAAGAAGACUCUGCUGCUGGAGCAGUUCAUUCUGCCUCACACCCGAGGAAGCUCCCAUGGCCAGACUCGCAUCAUACGUAAAGCCUAUGAGCAGGACAUUUACACGCAGAUGAUGGGGGAGAGCUACCAGCUGUGGGCCCAGCUGGAGAAGGAGGCCGGAGUGACGCUGUACAGACAAACUGGACUGUUAGUCAUGGGACCAGAAACCAGUGGGGAAUACCCACUGGUCAAGAACACCUUGUUGAAGAACAAGGUUCCCACUGUGAUUCUGAACCGUGAUAACUUCCACCAGCACAUCCCCAACGUGGUGCUGUCUGAGGGCCACGGCGCCCUGCUGGAUGAAACCGCCGGCGUUCUGUUUGCAGACCGGGCCCUGAAGGCGGUUCAGCAUCAGUUUCAGAAGUUGGGUGGGGUCAUACGAGAUAAUGAGAAGGUUACGGAAAUCAAGCCUGGUCCGGUUGUCAAGGUGACGACCUCUGGAGGAGCUUAUCAAGCGAGAAAUGUGGUGAUCACUGCUGGACCCUGGACCAAUAAGUUCCUGGCUCACACUGGAAUCCAGUUACCACUGGAGACUGUUAAGAUCAAUGUGUGCUACUGGAAAGAGAAGAUUCCCGGGACUUACGGUGUGAAGCAGCGUUUUCCAUGCUUUGUGGUCACUGGGAGUUUGGAGAGCAAAGAACACAUCUAUGGCCUCCCAUCGAAUGAAUAUCCAGACUUGGUGAAGAUUUGCUACCACAUGGGCAGCAAGGCUGACCCGGAUUACAGAGACCUGCAGACAGACACGUCUGACAUCGAUAUCUUGAAGCGAUACGUUUCCAGAUGCAUACCCGGCCUGGUUCCUGAGCCUGCUGUGGUGGAGAGCUGCAUGUAUACACUAACGCCUGAUCGCCACUUUGUGUUGGAUUACCAUCCGAACUACAGCAACAUCGUCAUUGGAGCAGGAUUCUCAGGUCAUGGCUUCAAGUUCGGCCCAGUCAUUGGUAAGCUCCUGUGUGAGCUCAGCCUGGGAGAAGUGCCUUCCUUUGACCUUUCACCUUUCAAAAUCAGACGUUUCCAGUCAGAGAUGAAAUCAGCUUUGUAGGAUCAGGACUGGAUUCAUGAAUCCUUCCUCCAACUCUUUUAUUCUUUCAGAUCAUUGUUAUAAUCUACAUGUUUAUAUGAUGCCACCAGUUUUAGAGCUCCUAAAGACAAGAUGUGUUUAACAACUAGCCUUUUAGGGCGACUGUGGCUCUAUGGUAGAGUAGUCGUCUUGCGAUCGGAAGGUUGUAGGUUCGAUUCCAGCUUCCUCCUGCCACAUGUCGAUGUGCCUCUGGGCAAGGCACUUAAUCCCAAAUUGCCUACCGAUCUGCAUAUCGGUGUAUGUGUGUGUGUUUGUGAGUGCAACUGGGUGAAUGUGACUCUAGUGUAAAGUGCUUUGAGUGGUCAAAAUGACUGGAAAAGUGCUAUAUAAGUUCAGUCCAUUUACCAUUUUACACAACAUGAAUUUCUGGUUUACUUUGUUUAGUGAUUUCACCAUCUAGAUAAAGUUUAAACCUUAGUGACCACCUGAAGAGGAUCUUAUUACAAAGCAAAAACACUUUUAGAGUCAAAUAAUUUCACAAGUGAAGUUGUUUUUCUCUUCCAAUCACUUUAUAAUUUUCUGACAUUCAGACCAUUUUUAGUCUGACUUGAUAUAUGAGAAUAAAAUUGUAUCUGAAUGAAA